AUGUCCAGCACUUUACAGUACGACUCGAAAAGAGAGGGUUAUUCUCCGAAGUUUGAGUUUGAUGCCCCGUACAACCCGAACGUGUCGUACCAUUUCAAUGGUGACGUUUCUCAGUUUCACUACGGUGUAAAGCACCCAAUGAAGCCGUUCAGGCUCAUGCUGACAGACCAUCUGGUCUCUUCAUAUGGCUUGCACAAGAUCAUGGACCUCUACGAGACGAGGCCCGCCACUAGGGAAGAAUUGGCCGAAUUCCACUCAGAGGACUACAUUGAGUUUUUGGCGAGAGUGUCGCCCGACAGUCUGGCAAAACUGCCGCGUGGCUCGCUUGAGAAGUUCAAUAUCGGAGACGACUGUCCCAUCUUCCAAGGUCUAUACGAUUAUUCGGCUCUAUACGCAGGUGCCUCGCUCGAUGCUACACGUAAACUCAUCAAAGGUCAAUCAGACAUUGCAAUCAACUGGUCGGGAGGCUUGCACCAUGCCAAAAAAAGCAACCCAUCAGGGUUUUGUUACGUCAAUGAUAUAGUACUCAGCGUUCUCAAUUUACUGCGAUAUCACCCAAGAGUUCUUUACAUAGAUAUCGAUUUACAUCAUGGGGAUGGCGUUCAGGAGGCAUUUUACACUACUGAUAGGGUUUUUACUGUCUCAUUUCACAAAUACAACGGUGAGUUUUUUCCAGGAACAGGAAAACUCGAUGAAAUCGGAUGUUCUCGCGGGAAACACUUUUCCCUUAAUGUUCCACUUGACGAUGGCAUCGACGAUGACUCUUAUAUCAAUCUGUUUAAGAGCAUCAUCGACCCACUGAUAACGUCGUUUAAGCCUACUGUGAUAAUACAACAGUGUGGAGCUGAUUCUCUGGGCCAUGAUCGGCUAGGGUGUUUUAAUCUAAACGUCCAAGCACACGGCGAGUGCGUUAAAUUUGUAAAGUCGUUUGGGCUCCCGAUGUUAGUGCUCGGAGGUGGUGGCUACACGCCGAGAAACGUAUCACGGUUAUGGGCGUACGAAACAAGCUUGCUGAACGGUGUUUCAAUACCUGAAGAUAUUCCAGCUGACAUUCCGUUCCGAAACUGGUUUGGACCUGACUACUCCCUCCACCCUGUCUUGGACAAUCUUUAUGAAAACAAAAACUCAAAAAAGUACCUAGACAAUAUCAGAAUACGAUGUUUGGAAAAUAUUAGGUUUCUGCAAGGAGCCCCCAGCGUUAGAAUGGAACAGGAAGUGAUCCCAAACCAGGAUCUCAGUGGCUUAACUCAAGAGGAGGAUGAUGCAAUUGAAGAGCUCAAUGCGGAAACCGACAAGUUCAGAUUUGAGCAGAUGGAAAAAGAUAGCAUGAGAGCAGGAGAACUACAUUGA